AUGAAGCUUUCAAUAAUACAGGCAGAAAUUUCUUUACUCAAUCAUGAUCUUAAGAAUCUUGAGCCUACUGAUGACAUUUCUACUACAAGAUCUACUAGUCAGCAGCUUAAACAAGAAAAAGACUGUGAGCAAGACAAUAAAGCAAUUAUUUCAAAGUAUGCAGACCUAAAUGUGCAAGAUGACUCUGCUGUAAAGACAGGAGCCAAGACUGCUAUUACUACAGCUAUUAGUAAAAAGUUUCAAGACAAUAUUGAAAUUGGUUCUACCAAUGAAGAUGUUGACAUCAAUUUUGAGAAGAACACCAACAAUACCAUCAAAAUCAUGAACAAGAUUAUUUGUGGAAUUAGCUCCAAUAUUUCUUUGCCUUCUAUGAAUAAAGACACAAGAAAAGUCUUACUUGAAGAGUUUACCAAAAAUGCUGUUGAUAUCAAAAUAUCAUUUGUGGAAAAGCACAGAUCUAAUAAUAGACUAAUAGUUAACACUAAACAUCUGGAACACCUUAAAAUGAGUGACAAUGAUGACAACAAUGAAGAUUUCAUUAAGAAUACCAGCAAAACUCUCUUUAAGCUGAAUCACAUGCUCAAUACAACUGGAGCAGAAGCUCCAGAUUAUCUUACUACUUGUUCUGACUUGAAUGUGGACCCUGAUAACCUAAUGGUUGCAAAUCUUAUACUGAAAUCUUGGCAAGUUAUCAGAGUUGCUUGA